AAUUCCGAAAGCUUUAAAAAGUGAUGCGAGGAACGUUAUAUUACAAGUUGUGAAUUAUAUGAAGGAAGAAAAACGCCUUCAGGCACCAAUUAUAUCCUUAGAUAAGUUGUAUGACCGCGUUGCUGCUGCCACAGGUGUCGGGGAGCGAUUUGUAAGAAAACUUGUAAAAGAAAAAGAGCAAGCAGAUGAAACUGGAACAAAGAUUUCCACUCCAGGAAAAAAAAGGAAAAGGACUAAAGGCAAAAUUGAAGUGGACAAUUUUGAUCUCGGUGUCAGUAGAAGAAAAAUUCAUGAAUUCUACAGCAUGCGCAAAGAAAUUCCCACAUUAGCAAAGUUGUUAAAUGUGCUCCAAGAAGACAUUGAUUUUAAAGGGAGUCGUGAAACACUCCGAAAAAUACUCACUAAAAUUGAAUUUCGUUACAAGAAAUCAAAAUCUAAUCGAAAAGUACAAAUUGAACGUAAUGACAUAUCAGCAUGGAGAGCUAAUUAUCUACAAAAAAUUUAUGAAAAUGAAUGCGGUGAAAAAAAACUAGUCAUAUUUUUGGACGAGACUUAUAUUCACUCGUCUCAUACAGCUGGAUGCUGUUGGCAAAGUGAUGAAGUUGAUGGUGUGCUUAAUCCAGUCUCGAAAGGAAACAGAUCAAUAAUUGUUCAUGCGGGAGGACAAGCUGGCUUUGUGGAGAAUGCAUUAUUAGUUUUUCAAUCAAAUACAAAAAGCGGUGAUUAUCACGAUGAAAUGAAUAGUACAAAUUUCAAAAAAUGGGUGACUGAUAGACUUCUACAAAAUCUACAUCGGCCAAUAUUAAUCAUAAUGGAUAAUGCCCCAUAUCAUAGUAUUUCUAUAAACAAAUGCCCUAAAUCAAAUUAUAAAAAGGCUGAUAUGCAAAAAUGGCUGUCAGAAAAUAAUGUUGAAUUUAGUGAACAUUUCACAAAACCGCAACUCUACGAAUUAAUCAAAAGGCACAAACCAAAACCUAUUUACGAAAUAGAUGAAUUAUUGAAAAGUAAUGGACACAGCGUGUUAAGGUUACCACCAUAACAUUGCAAUUUAAAUGCAAUCGAAAU